AUGGUUGUUGUGCCUCUGUUGGCAAAGAGUACCGAGGUCGAAGUUCCGGUGCAAGAGCUCUUCAGGCUCGUACAAGCUGCUGUCCGUGCUGAGCUGUAUGGUUCCGCUGAGCGUUAUCGCUAUCGGCGGAUCGCAGAAGAUGUCGUGUACGCUUCGCGCAAGGCACUUAAGCGCAAAGUUGACUACUGUGCACGCAUCUGUCUGAUAAGAGCAGUAUAUGCCGUUCAGAUCCUCUGA